GAUACCGAAAAGACCCAGUCCUAUACGAAUGCCAUACAAGCGCUGAUCAACAAUACGAAUGUCCGCGUUAAAAUUGCUGAUUUGGGAAAUGCCUGCUAUGAUUACCACCAUUUCACUGAAGACAUACAAACGCGACAGUAUCGCUCCAUCGAGGUAUUACUCGGCGCACCCUACAAUUUCACCGCCGACAUUUGGAGCACAGCUUGUCUCGCCUUCGAACUAGCGACCGGUGAUUAUCUCUUCGAUCCACAUGCUGGAGAAAACUACUCACGCGAUGAAGAUCAUUUGGCGCACAUUAUUGAGCUAUUAGGCACAAUACCGCCGUCCGUAAUAUUUCGGGGCAAACACGGUCUCAAAUAUUUCACGAGUUAUGGCAGCUUAAGAAACAUCACAAAAUUGAAACCGUGGAGUCUAUUGAAUGUGCUGAUCGAAAAGUACGAUUGGGAUCCAAUUGAAGCAAAGAAAUUUUCCGACUUCUUGCUGCCAAUGUUGGAAUACAAUCCCGUGAUACGCGCAUCAGCGGCCGAAUGCUUAAAUCAUCCUUGGCUUGAGCAGGAAGAGUUCGUUUAAAAAGCGGCCAUAUAAAUACUUACAUACAUACGUUUCACAAUGUUGACUGAUUAUAAAGCUGAAACGAUAUACAUACUUACUACGCAUACAAACGCACAUGGCAAAUGGGAGAAAAUGCAAUGCAAUUAGAGAAGGAGGUGUGAAAUUUAGCUGAAGACAGGGCCGAGAGAGACUUGUAGAUUCUCACAUUAUUAAUUAAGCGUUAAGAAUUUACAUACAUACAUAAAUACAAUACCAAAAA